AUGGUACAAAGUCCAAUUAUUGCUGUUUUUGGUUUGGUAUGUAUUUGGAUUUGGAUGCAAAGCACACAUGGUGAGUAUUUAAUUGGAGUUGGAAGUUAUGACAUGACUGGUCCUGCUGCUGAUGUGAACAUGAUGGGUUAUGCCAACACUGAACAGAAUACAGCUGGUAUUCAUUUUAGGCUAAGAGCUAGAACUUUCAUUGUGGCUGAAAAUCUUCAAGGUCCUAGGUUUGUUUUUGUCAAUCUAGAUGCUGGAAUGGCUUCUCAGCUGCUUACUAUUAAGCUGCUUGAAAGACUUAAAUCAAGGUUUGGAAAUUUGUAUACUGAAGAAAAUGUAGCAAUCAGUGGGACUCAUACACAUGCUGGACCUGGCGGUUAUCUUCAAUACAUAGUUUACUCUGUAACUUCUCUUGGUUUUGUGAAACAAUCCUUUGAUGCCAUUGCUAAUGCAGUAGAACAAAGUAUUAUUCAAGCUAACAAUAACCUUAAGCCUGGUUCCAUUUUUAUAAACACAGGAGAUGUGAAAGAAGCAAGUAUAAAUAGGAGCCCAAGUGCAUAUCUGUUAAAUCCUGCGGAGGAGAGAUCGAGGUAUCCCUCCAAUGUUGACACACAGAUGACCUUUUUGAAGUUUGUGGAUGGUGCAAGUGGGAAAAGUAAAGGAUCAUUCAGCUGGUUUGCGACACACGGAACAUCCAUGAGCAAAAACAACAAGCUUAUCAGUGGAGAUAACAAGGGUGUUGCUGCUAGACUCUUUGAAGAUUGGUUUACUUCUCAAAAUAAAUCUUCAUCUCCUAACACAAAUUCCACAGAACCAGAUAUAGGAGAACUAGUGAAGAAAGCACGAUCGAUUAAAGCGACAGGAGGAAAAGAUUGCAACCAACAAACAAGCCAAGCAUCUAAGGUGAGGAAAAAUGAUGGAUCCUUAUUUGUUGGAGCAUUUUGCCAAUCAAAUGUUGGAGAUGUGUCACCAAAUGUAUUAGGAGCAUUUUGCAUCGACAGUGGAAAACCGUGCGAUUUCAACCAUUCUUCAUGCAAUGGAAAUGACCUACUUUGUGUAGGAAGAGGACCAGGGUAUCCAGAUGAAAUAUUAAGUACAAAGAUCAUAGGAGAAAGGCAAUUCAGAAGUGCUGUGGAACUGUUUGGAUCUGCUUCAGAAGAACUUACAGGAAAAAUCGACUAUCGCCAUGUCUAUCUGAACUUCACAGACAUUGAAGUUGAAUUGGACAGCAACAAGGUGGUUAAAACAUGUCCUGCCGCUCUUGGUCCCGCUUUUGCAGCAGGCACUACAGAUGGACCAGGUGUUUUUGGCUUUCAACAAGGUGAUGCAGAAAUUAGUCCAUUUUGGAAGAGUGUGAGAGAUUUUCUGAAAAAACCAAGUCAAUAUCAAGUGGACUGUCAAAACCCAAAGCCAGUUUUGUUGAGCAGUGGAGAAAUGUUUGAUCCUUAUCCUUGGGCGCCAGCAAUUCUUCCAAUUCAAAUUCUGAGAUUGGGAAAACUGAUAAUUCUUUCUGUACCAGGAGAGUUCACAACAAUGGCGGGUAGAAGACUAAGGGAGGCAGUGAAGGAGACAUUAAUAUCGAACAGCGAUGGAGAAUUCAAUAAUGAAACACACGUCGUUAUUGCAGGACUGACAAAUACUUACUCACAAUACAUUGCAACUUUUGAAGAAUAUUAUCAGCAACGGUAUGAGGCUGCAUCGACAUUGUAUGGUCCUCACACAUUAUCAGCAUACAUCCAAGAAUUCAACAAACUAGCACAAGCAAUGGCUAAAGGCGAUAAAAUCAACGAAAAGGGUUCUUCCCCACCAGAUCUUUUAUCUGUACAAAUAAGCCUUUUACUUGGUCCCUUUGGAGACCCAACUCCAAACGGCACCAAAUUUGGCGACAUAAACGAAGAUAUAGCAUUUCCAGAAAGCGGUUAUUUUACAAAGGGAGAUAAACCAAGUGCUACAUUCUGGAGUGCCAAUCCAAGAUAUGAUCUUUUAACUGAAGGAACAUUUGCUUCGGUGGAAAGGCUUCAAGGGGAAAGAUGGAUUCCUACUCAUGAUGAUGAUGAUUUAAGCUUGUUAUUCAAGUGGAAAGUAGACAAUAGUUCCUUUCAUGGUUUCGCUACUAUAGAAUGGGAAAUACCAAAAGAUGCUAUUUCUGGAAUAUACAGACUAAAACACUUCGGAGCAUCAAAGAACAGCAUAGCUUCCCCUAUUGAUUACUUUACUGGUGCUUCAAGUGCAUUUGCAGUGCAAUAG